AUAUAAUAGAGAAUGUCAUAUAGUUAUCUAUUCAAAUUCAUACUUAUUGGAGAUUCAGGUAUUGAAAACGAAAUAAUUAUUGAGGAGUUGGAAAAUCCUGUCUUUUACUUUAAUUCAUUGAUAAACGAUUUAGAUAAAAACAUGAGGUGACAAUUGGGGUAGAAUUUGGUGCAAAAUUAAUUGAAUUAGAUGGAUUAAAUAUAAAAUUACAGAUUUGGGACACAGUAUAAUAAAUAAAGUAUUUUAGGCGGGCCAAGAAUCUUUUAGAUCAAUUACAAGAUCAUAUUAUAGAUCUGCAGCAGGUGCUAUAGUUGUUUAUGAUAUAACAAAAAGAGAAAGCUAUGAUAAUGUGGCUAGAUGGAUGGAGGAAGUAAAAUAGAAUGGAAAUCCUAAAUUAUCUAUGCUCUUAGUUGGAAAUAAAGGGGAUUUAGAAUCAGAGUAAUUUUAGUAUAUAUAUAUGAAGACGUUAAAUUUCAUAUAACGAAGCAUAGCAAUUUGCAAAAGAAUGCGGAAUAGAGUUUUUUGAAACUAGUGCAAAAACAGCAAAUAAUGUAGAAGAAAUUUUCAUCAAAAUGGCUUAAAUUAUUUUAGGCAAAAUUAAUCUUGGAUAAAUUGAUGCUAAAAAUGAAAACUAUGGAAUUAAAAUAGGUAGCGAAAAAGCAAAUUAAAAUUAUGGGAAUUAAAAUAUCACUAAUUUAGAGUAGCAAUAAGAUUAUUAACCUUAUGAAGAAAAGUAAAAAAGUAGUUAAUGUUGUUGAAAAAUUGAAAUUAUCAAAGUAUUAUCAUUUU